CUAUAUAUACCAAACUCAUUGUUACCCUUCACCCCAUCUUCAACUCCUCACAAUCAUCCCCCAACCUUCUCUGCAACAUCACUUUCUUCAAAUGGCGAUCAACAGAGUCAUCGUUGCAACCAUCCUGCUUUCGUGCUUGGCCGCCACUUGCUACGCCAUCACUUUCUCUUCUCUCCAGAGAACCCUGGACCUCGACUCUUCAGUUCAAGCCGGCCAAGUUCUGAAGGCGGGAGAAGACAAGAUAACCGUGUCGUGGAAAGUGAACGCCACAUAUCCCGCGGGGACAGAGUCGAGCUACAAGACGGUGAAGGUGCUGCUGUGCUACGCCCCGGUGAGCCAGAAGGACCGCGGGUGGAGGAAGACGGUGGACCUCUUGAAGAAGGACAAGACGUGCCAGCACACCAUCGUCGAGAGGGCCUACUCCGCCUCCGACAACUCCGUCACCUACACCGUCAAGAGGGACGUGCCCACCGCCACCUACUUCAUCAGGGCUUACGUGUACAACGCAGCCGGGGAAGAAGUCGGCUACGGCCAGACCACCAACGCCGACAAGUCGGCCAACCUCUUCGCCGUCGAGGCUGUCACGGGCCGCCAUGUGUCGCUUGACAUCGCCUCGGCUUGCUUCUCCGCCUUCUCGGUUGUGUCGCUCUUUGGAUUCUUCUUCAUGGAGAAGAGGAAGGCUAAGGCCUCCAACUGAUUUUAUUUUAUUUCACUUUUAUUUAUCUUUUAUUUUCAAUUUGUAUAAUGUGGGGGAAGAAAGAGGUGUGUGGAUUAGUGAUUUGUGUAUGGUAAGAGUGAUUCUUGGGAGAUAGAAUCAUUGUGUGAUGCAUAAAAGUUGAAUUUUAAGAGGUUUGUGAUGUUGAA